CCCAAGUCACUUUAGAUCGACAAACGGUAUAUGCCAAAAUGAGGCCGAUUCUCCUCCUAGGGACUAUUGCAACCCUCGUCGCCCUCGGCGGCUCCCUUCCUCCCAAGGACAAGGAGAAGGGCAAGAGUGACGACUACGACAAAGAGAAUAACAAUGACUAUGGCAACGACUACGACCAUGACCAUGCCAACGACAAAUCCAACCCCAAGUCCCGCUUCUACAUUGGCGACUACAAUUCCCUCAACCUCUUUACCCGCCAGCCCUCCCCAGGCUGCGACGACUACAGCGCCGGCCUCUGCGGCUGCUUCUGCCACUACCAGGGGUACCCCUACUACAUCUGCGCGCAGGACCACUGCCAAUGCUACCGCGAGUACGCGACCGGCUGCUGGUACGCAUACUACUACUACGUGGGCGGCGGGUACCCUGCGCCGGGCGACUGGCAUCAGCCGAGAUAUCCGCACUGCCCGCGGUAUCCGUAUUGCAGCGAGCAGCCGUAUUCGAGCGAGACCCCGACGUAUGUUAGUGAUGGGCCUUCGACGUAUACGCCUCUGUCCAGUACGUAUGAUUCGUCGACGCCGUCGAGCUCGGCGUCGAGUGUGUAUUCGACUUCGACCCCGUAUCCAUCGUCGUCAAGCGAGUACUCUUCAUCCACUGCGUAUGUCACUUCCAGUGAGUACUACUCGUCGGCUGAGUACACCUCAACUGCCAUCGUGGGUCCCUCGCCAUCGAGCUCUUAG